CUCCUCCUCGCUGUGACGUCACGUGCUGCCUGGCUAUUGCGCGAACUAUUUUCUGUAGCAACAGCACUGAGUGUAUUUCAGCCGCUUACCGCUAACGAGCACCGAAAUACGAGCAAGGGUCAGGGAGAGAGAGAGGGAGAGAAAAGCGAGGGAGCGGGAGAGGGAGGGUUAACGAAAGAAUUCAUCUCAGCCACUGUGGCUGUAAAACUCACACACAGAGAGAAAAAAAAAUCCUGCUGAAGCAUCAACGGUUGAACGGGAAGAGGGAGAGAGAGAGGGAGAGAAAAAAUCGCGCUCUCGCUUCGCACGAGAAAUGGAUCUACCUGCCGUCGGAGAGCACGUCUUCGCGGUGGAGGGCAUCGAGAAGAAGCGCAUACGGAAGGGCAGAACCGAAUAUCUGGUGAAAUGGAGAGGAUGGUCGCCGAGAUAUAACACAUGGGAACCGGAGGAGAACAUCCUCGACCCGCGCCUUCUCGUCGCCUUCCAAAACAGAGAGAGACAAGAGCAGCAGAUGGGAUAUCGCAAAAGAGGACCCAAACCCAAACAUCUUCUUAUCCAGUUACCUGCAUUUGCACGGAGGUCCAGCAUCCUCGCUGAUCUUCAGGAGACCAAACUGGAUGAGGAGAACCAGUUCAAAGUGGAUUCACUCCCAAUGCACCGGUCACAGCCUCAGCAUUACCAGCUCAACAGCAAAAAACAUCACCAGUACCAGCCCAACAGCAAGGAGAUUCCAGCAGAAGCUCACACCAAUGGCAAGAAGAAACACUUCUAUCAGCUAAACAGCAAGAAGCACCAUCAUUACCAACCAGACCCUAAGAUGUAUGACCAACAAUCCACAAAGGCUAAAGAGGUUAAGGGGCAUGACCCUUCUAUUAAAGCAUGGAACCUCCCUCCUGCAUUGCAACAGAAAUGGGUGCGUGACAAGGACACUGGCAGCUUAAAUAAAGUGAAAGAUCUGUCCAUGGAGCAUAAGCAAAUGCUUAUUCCAACUAGCAAGGAAGACCAAACAGUAAAGACAACUCAAAAGGAUCCCUUACUUUCCAAUGGCAUCAGCAGUAAGAUGAAGAUCAUCAGGAACAAAAACAAAAAUGGCCGAAUUGUCAUUGUCAUGAGUAAGUACAUGGAUAAUGGGGUCCACUCUUCCAAAGAAAAAAACAGGGUGUCAACCGGAAUGGAGAAGCCAAAACAAACUGAGGAAUCUGUAAAUGGCAAUGCAGUUAGUCUUGUAAAUGUGACAGUUGGACAGGAGAAUGGUGCUUCUAACCAUUCAGGAGACAGUGCAUGUGUUACCAGUGAAUUUGUUCACAAAGUGCCCCACAAAAAGUUUGAGCUCUCAAAAGCAAAACUGAGUACUGAGACAGGUCACAGGACAGAACAAGAGGUGAACAAGAUGAAUUCAUCACACAAUUACUCUCUGCAAUUGUGCAACAAGCUUAACUCUUCACCCUUAUCAGUUGGGGAAGACAUCCCACUGCAAAAGGACUCCACCAAACAAUAUUUAAGCCAUCGUAAAAGGAACCUGUCAGAACCUAAUGAAGCUGCAAGUGAUUGUAAGAAGUUUCUUAGCUCCAGAAGUAUCAGUGCUCCCAAUCAGGUCGUAUUUUCCCCACAGAGAGAACCUAUAGACCUGCACUGUUCUAGCCAAAUCACCAGUGCGGGCUACAACUACAAUCUUACCAACACCAUUCCUGAUGAACCGAUAGACUUAAGCUGUGGAAGGACUAGGCUAAAUCCCGAAGCUCCCACAGAUUCCAACGUCACAGUGGAUGACACACCUGACACUUCAGAUAAGUCAAAAGAACCAGUCAGCUCUUUUAAGCCAUUUUCAGGUAACAUCAUCAUUACGGAUGUCACCACAAACUGUCUGACUGUGACUUUUAAGGAAUAUGUCUCCAUUUAACAGCCUUCGAUUUGUUACACUGAAGACCGCUGAUACUCAUAUGGAUUUGUAGAUAUGUAAUUAUUAAAAGAAUUUUGUACAUAUGUAUCUAUAAUUUGUAAUGUAUAGAAAGGAAAUGUUUUUUUGUGUAGGUUUUGUUUUUAUUUCAUUUGCAAAAUGUCAAGGCCUGUACAUGCACAGAUUAAAAUUUGUAUGUUUUGAAUGUUGAAA